GCCAUUUCUCCACUCUUCUCCGAGUCCCAGAUCCUGAGAUUCUCUCGAAUGCAACUUCAGCAAGAUGUCACCCCAAGAGACCCUCUCUCCAGUAGUUACGGGAGCUAAAGCCCAGGCGACAGCGGCUGCUACACCUGAAACCAGAGCGGCCACCGAGUCGGACGCCCCCAUCGCAACACAGGUGCUUGCUGCCGAUGAUACUCUGGACGACGAUAAUGAUUCUGCGAUUGGAGGGGAUUCUCUGAGCUCGACUGCGUCAAUCGCUUCCUCCAUAUACAAGUUCCGAGUCGAGAAUGGGAGGACCUACAAUGGUUACGGAGACCGCAGGUACUUUAUGCCAAAUGAUGAGGUUGAGCAAGAUCGGCUGGAUUUGCAACAUCAUUUGUUCCAACUGACUUUCCGUGGCGGGAUGUUCACCGCUCCUAUUGACAGGAAGAAAGUCCACCGCAUUCUUGAUGCUGGAACUGGAACCGGUAUUUGGGCAAUUGAUAUGGGCGAUAUGUGUCCUGAAGCAGAGGUCUUCGGAGUCGACGUCAGCCCCAUUCAACCACAAUUCGUACCCCCGAACGUCAAAUUCGAGAUCGACGAUCUGGAGAAACCAUGGACCUUCACCUCAGGCUUUGACUUUGUCUUCAGUCGCAUGAUGACCGGUUCGUUCCCCGAUUGGAGGCAAUACAUAAACCACUGCUAUGAGUUCACCAACCCAGGCGGCUACUGUGAAGUACAAGACGUUUGUCUCCCCGUGCGCUGCGACGACGACACCCUCACCAACACCAACCUCGAGAGGUACGGGAAUCUCAUGUUAGAAGGGAGUUUGAAAUUGGGCGUGGGGCUAGAUGUCGCAUUGAAGACGAAACAAUGUAUGGAAGAGGCUGGUUUCGUAGAUGUUAACCAGGUGACUUAUAAGUGGCCUUUGAAUCGGUGGCCGGCGAAUAAAGCAAUGAAGGAGAUUGGUCUCUGGGCACACGAAGUUACAAUGUCCAAUUUGUCUGGCCUCAGCAUUGCCCUUUUCACACAUGGUCUUGGCUGGUCGGUGGAGGAAUUGGAGGUCUUCCUCGCGGAUGUAAGGAAAGAUUUGAAGAAUUCGAAAAUUCAUUCUUAUAUGCCUAUUUAUGUUGUAGUUGGGAGGAAACCUGGAGCGAAGGAAGAAACGACGGUUGUUGCGUAAAGAGGGUGGAGGAAAGGAGGGUUGCGUUGUUAUCCUUAAAAGAGCUGCUCUGCUCAACGCCUAGCGUCUGUUGACUGCAGGAGUAAGGUACAUUCAUUUUCUACAGCACACCGGUUUAGGAGCUGUUAGACCAUCUUCAAUUCCAC